GAAGUGCACUCAUGAAACGAUGAAUCAAGCUCAAGCUGACGCAGAGUUCUUCUGGGUGCAGCAUUCGUUUGGCGCCCUGACGCAGCUGAGCAGCUGCUCUAGGUGAUCUAAUUUUUGAAGUCCAGCCGGCAGGAAUGGGGUGCCUGCAAGGGCGGUUCCCGCUGAGCCGAGGGAGAGAUUAAGGAAAUCGGUCAGGAAGUUCUUGAUGGCGGGCUCAGUUCCGAGAUCGCUGCAGAUCCUGGCAUUGCCGAUCAAAAACCGUGUCUGGGCAUUCCAUGCGAGCUCGCCAGCUGUCCCAGGGAGUGCAACAGCUGGCGGUUUGUCAUUUGCAGGGUUGUGGCAGAGCUUAAAGCAGGCGCAGAGCACACAGGAGCGAGCAGAUCUGUUGGAUGAGUGGGGCACGCAGAAGGCGCAAAACCAAUGGGCCGCCCUCGAGAAGGCUCCCCCCGAAAGUUUCAAAGCGCGCAUUGCUCGCUGGGGCAACGCGCUGAUGCGGCAGGCCCAUCCGGGGGAACAGUUCCUUAAGAGCAUUCCGCGCGAUGUGGGAAUCGUGGAGGUUGUCUACCCGAUGGGACUGAAUCCCACGCUUGUCCGGCGGCGGGUCCGGCUUCUUGCACGGCGGGGCCAGGAAUAUCACCGCUGCUGGACGUACCUCACCGCCGCGGCGCUUCCCCUGUCGUCGAUCCUGUCGAUCCUGCCCCUGCCCAACCUAGUUCUUUUUUACAACCUGUUUCGCGCGCACGCCAACUGGCACGCCUGGAAGGGCGGGGACCACCUAAUGAAAGCUCUCGAACACACGGCGCCGGUGGAAGCGUCCGAGAGCGGCGAAGAACGGGGCCGGGAGUCGGAAGCCGUCCGAAUCCCGUCCGAACCCUCGCCCUCCAAUACGUCCUCAGUGUCCAAAACGGCAGGCCUUUUGAGUCAAGAGUGUAAUAAUUCUACUGGGAAGCCUGAUCAGAAUGGAACCAGACCAGAUUUGAAAAUUUUAGGCGAUGCAAACGUUGCUUUCAGCCGUUCGGACGCUGUUUCGAGCGAGGGCGAUGAUUCGGACGGCGUUCCGAGCACUCCGGACACUUCCUUGGAUGGAUCGGACGGGAAGAACGGUGCCCAAGCGUCCGAGGCCGCUGAAGUUGUCCGCAACUUGCGCUUCGGACGGAUGAUCUUCCGCCCCUCCAAGAGCCUAGCGGAAUUGGCUCCAACCUUGGUCGAUGCCAGGGGGAUCCCCGUGCUAGCCAGUCUAAGUGAGGAGCGGAUAGCACGGAUAUGUAAAGAUCUCGGUCUAGAAGAAACGUUGAUUCUGAGGUGGAGAGAUGUGGCCAAAGCGACGGCACCUUAACAACCAGUGCUUACUACUGCGUAACUUAGAAGCGGAGUAUCUCACGUUUACUUCGGUUGUUGAUCAAGGAGCGCCAUGAUUCUGGCAGAUAAUUUUGAAGGUGCAUGAUAGGCUUGAGUGGUCCCAUUGACCGGUUUUGCUAACGUGGAAGGUAUAGCGGUGUUCGUCGUCCACAGUUGCUCAUAUGCAACGUUGUUAGCAUACUCUUUGAAAUUUUGCAUGGGCAUGGGCGGCUGGGCGGUUGAGGUUAAAGCCUUUUUUUGAUGAGUCGGAC